GUGGUGGUGUGUGCUGUGUGAGCCUGUGAGGUGGGCAGGUUAGUUGUCAGCCAUACGCGUGACGGGGAGGCGGCGGGUUGUGCGGCCGCUUCGUAGUCGGACUGGGCUUGUUUUCCGAAAAUAAGAAAAUGAAAUCUUUGUCUGUAAAGGCGGCGUGGGCUGCUGGCGUGGGAGUGCUGCUCAUCCUGGGGCUCCGAGUGGUGUGCAGCAGGGCGGAAUCUGAGCCUCACCAGUUUUCCAGUGCCACGAGCAACCCUGAUUUGGACGAGGGUGGCGGCAAAAGGAUCCUCGUGCUGCACCCUAUGUACGCCGCCUCCCACGUCCUCACGCUGCGGAGUCUGGCUCUAUCCCUUGUGGCUCGCGGACACCAGGUGACGGUGGUAAGGUGGAAGGACACCCACCAGUACCCUGCGUCCCGCCACCCAGGCAUCACUGAGUUUGUCCUCGCCAUCAAUAAUACGGACGGCGCGGUGCCUCACGUAACGGUAGAGGAACGGGGCAGCUUCGUCAUGCCGCAGGAGUUGAUGUGGAGCAGCGGCACGUCCUGGACUGCCCUCCCCGUCGACGCCUUCUUCACCGUCUCCACCUACUGCCGCACUUUGCUGGAGGACGUGCCGCUGCGCCGUCACCUCCAGCAGCAGAAGUUCCACGUUGCCCUCGUUGAUCUGAUAUAUAACGAGUGUAGUCUGGCUUUGGCACAUGAUUUGGGUAUUCCUGCGGUCGGGUACUGGGCGUUCACUUUCGCUGGCGGGGAACCCCAGUACACAACCGCCUUCAGCCCGCCAUCCUCCGUUCCCUUUAUCCUUUCACACUAUCGGGAUUCUAUGACCUUCAAGCAGAGAGCGGUCAACCACCUCCACGCCCUUGGGAGCCACCUCGUCAUGCAAGUGCAACUGGCUAUCACAGGCUAUCAGAUUUCCCGCCACCUGCCCUCCUGCCCGCCGCCCGCCACCCUGCUGGCAGAGAUGUCUGGAAUGCUCAUCAACUCCCACUCAGUCAUCGACUACCCUCGCCUGCUGCCACCUUCCUUCAUUAAUGUGGGUGGACUGCACAUCCAUCGUCCCAACCCGUUGCCCAAGGAGCUGGAGGAGUGGCUGGCGGGGUCUGGGGAGGCGGGGACCAUCCUCUUCUCCAUGGGGUUCAUUUUCAACCCUCGCACUGUGCCCCGCGAGGUGAUCCAGAACCUGAUGGACGCCUUCGCCAGACUGCCGCAGCGGGUGUUGAUGAAGCUGGAGGAGCCACAUCCGCCCUCGCCCCCCAACGUCAAGGUGGUGGACUGGGUGCCGCAGCAGGAUGUCCUUGGCCAUCCCAGAACAGUGCUGUUCUUCACGCACUGCGGCAUGCACGGGGUGCUGGAGGCGGUGUACCACGGCGUGCCCAUGGUAGGGAUGCCCGUGUUUGCCGACCAGCAGGACGUGUUGGUGCGUCUGGAGCAGCGAGGGGUGGCUGCGGGCGUCUCCAAACAGGCCGACCAGGAUCAAAUAUACCAGGCCAUCAGACACGUCCUCAAUAACACCAGUUAUCGCGUCAACGCUCGGCGACUGUCCCGUAUUAUGAAGCACCACCCGCUGGACCCUCUCCGUCACGCCCUGUGGCUGGUGGAGCAUGUGGCGGCCACCGGGGGCGCACAACACCUCAAAUUCUCCGCCAGACACCUCAACUUCUGGCAGUUCUUCGGGCUGGACGUGGUGGCCCUCGCGGUGGUGGCGGCGCUGGCGCUCUGGUAUCUGGUGCUACCUGCCCUUGGACACCUGGCCGUCCUGCUCCUCUCCGUGGUCCGGCUUAGGAGUAUAACUAAAAUGAAAGUAACAUGAUGAUACCUGUAGAGCGAUGGGUUACUUAAGGCCGGACAUGUGUGAGAGGCGGUGCGUCUGAGCCCUCCCCCCCCUUACCUCCGUGUGGUGCCGUGAUGUGUUCAGUCAGUUGACCGCUGGACGGUAGUGAGUCUGAGUGAGCAGCGAAGGCCCCGCAGCGGGUCUGUUGGGGACACGUGCACGCUGCUGUAGUGCUUCAUUAGCUGAUGAUCGGAGCUGAGUGUUUAGGACUAUUUUUUCACUAAUCACUGCAAAUCCUAGAUGUACGAGUAUCAUUACGUAGUAUGUUUAGGUAACUUACUGACAAUGAAUAUACGAGUAAUAAUGUAAUGUAAUGUAAUAUGAACACGUGGAUGUAUUAUCGGUGACGUGAACAGUCUUGCUCGACACGGUUAAAACACUAAAUCUCAUUAAUUACUUGGCAAAGAGAAGUUCAUAAAAAAAAAAUGUAAUGAGUAAUCCUGAGGGAAAAGGAAGCAUGCGAGUACAACAAACACACACCACGGCGUGCUGUGUCAAGACGAGGCAGGGUUUGCAGUCGUGGCUGUGGUUUCUGCCGUGCCAACUUUGAUUUCUAUACGUAUGAUUAUCUCAAGAGAGCCACGUGUGUGUGUGUGUGUGUGUGUGUGUGUGUGUGUGUGUGUGUGUGUGUGACUGGCUAACUGACUUGUAAUAAAUGAACCUAAAAUAUAGUAUGACAAUUU